UGUGUACAGUAAAGUGAAUACAAUUUGAGUGGCAGUUUGAUAACAGACUAAAGAAAAACUGUUUCUCAUUUUCUACUGAAGAGAAUGCUGAGCCGAUACGAUUUCGCAACAUGCUCCUUGACUUUUUGCAUAACAUAUAUAGUUUGAGGAUGGUAACUGUACCCUUGAGAUUGUUUUGAUUUCCCUGACAACUUAGGGACGCCAACGUUGGAGUUGAGAGAUGUUGAGCCCGCCAUUACCAGAGAUAUUUACUAAAGUGAGCCUAAAGAUUGAUCACGCCACCAUGAAGCGUUUAAAACUAAGCACACUUGAAGGAAAAUCAGUGACCGUUGAACAGAAAGAUUGCUAUUUUGUUGCCAGCGGGUCAUUUAAGAAAGUUGAAGAUAUUUUUAUGAUGUGUAAAACUGAACAAACUCCACAUGAUAAAUAUGCAGUUUCGAAAAGCUACGCCUCAGCAGGUCUGAGACCAGCCCAAAGUGGCUCCUUUACACAAAUUGAACCAGUUGAGGUUGAUGAAACUGUCCUAAAUUACAUCAUAGAAAAAAAAUCCAUGGAGCUUGACAAACUAAAAAGGAAUGCAGUCUCCAUAAAUCUAAAUAAAAGGCAUGUGACCUUUUCGUCCCUGACUGGCGAGACAAUUCAUGCUCAAUUUGCGCGAGAACAGUUUAUAACAUUAUAUCAAAAGACUGCAACAGGGCUGCAAACGAGGACAUACAAUGUAGAUCCAGAAAAUAUGAAGCGUUUGAGGGCAGAGUUCCCAGAUCUCCUAGUCAACACCAGUAAAUAUAAAAAGGGAGUGACAUUGACUGGCAGCUUCAUUAGUCUUGAAAGAUGUGAGGCAUUUUUGAACGGCACUGCAAAAAGGUCAUGGCAGCACCAAACACUGAAUAAAACAAAACACUAUGACACACCUUACAAGCAACCUGAAGCGCAAGAGAACACGAUAGACCAAGCCAUAGAGGAGACGUGCCCGAUAUGUUUGGAUACAAUCAAUAAGCUUGAAUGUAAAGUCUUGCCUAAAUGCAAGCACUGCUUUUGUAAAGACUGCUUGAAACGAGCUUUCCAGUUGAAAUCAGCUUGUCCGAUUUGUGGUGAGAUAUAUGGCGAUCUAACUGGAACACAACCAAAAAGUGGGACCAUGUCUGUCACAAAGGAUAACUCCUCUUUGCCUGGAUAUGAGAAAUAUGGAACAAUCGUAAUAAACUACUAUUUACCAAGUGGAUUACAGGGGGCUGAGCACCCAAACCCAGGCAAGACUUACCAGGGUGCCUCCCGCAUAGCUUACCUCCCAGAUUCAACAGAGGGGAGAAAAGUACUGAAGCUUCUGGAGAGGGCGUUUAACCAGCGACUCACUUUCACCAUUGGAUGCUCAUCUACUACUGGAAUGAACAAUGUUGUGACCUGGAAUGACAUUCACCAUAAGACAUCGCGUUCUGGGGGACCAACGCAUUAUGGUUAUCCAGAUCCAGACUACCUGAAACGAGUACAAGAGGAGCUAAAAGCGAAGGGAAUUUACUGACCCUUAUAAAUAUAUAUAUAUAUAUAUAUAUAUAUAUAUAUAUAUAUAUAUAUAUUUUACAGGCUUUGUUAUUGCUACUGUCACAAAGCUUACUAUUGUCAGAGAAACAGAAAACAUAUUACCCAAUCCAAUCAGUCAUAACCAGAAGCCAUAAAAAAUAAGGACAAGAACAGUAUAAGUAUUAUUGCAGUCUAAUGAUUACCAGUCACAGUAUGCCAUAUUUUAAUAGUGAAACGACGGACAAUGACACUUGUUACAUAUACUACUGAGCUAAUAUAACGUGUGUGCUCUAAACUGUAAACUGAGUUUUAUGUCAAUGUGAUGGGACCACAUCUUCAGAAACAGAUACAAUUUUACAAUAGUUACAAUAUUAUAUAUAUAUAUACUGUAUAUACUCAGCAUGCCCUGGAUUCGAACUCACGAAAUCUAGGGGUGGUAGUUAUUGUCUUUAAGCACUGAGCUACCCAGGCCCCUGCCCUGUUGUUCUUGGAGUAUAACAUUUAUAUUACCUAUUGACACACUAAUGCUGAAGAUUAAAUGACCAUCUUAAGACAAAUGCAUUUGUGAAACAUCUAAUGUGCCUAAAACAUUUGCACAGUACUAAUAUACAUAUAUAUAUACACACACACACACACACACACACAACCGGUCAAAACUUUGAAAUGAAAUGUUUCUCAUGGUCUUAAAAAUCUUUUGAUCUGAAGGCAUAUGCUUAAAUGUUUGAAAUUAGUUUUGUAGCCAAAUAUAAUUGUGCCACCAUUAUUAAUUUAUUUCAUUAUAAAACUAAAAUGUAAGUUUUUGAAAUUGAUGACUUGGACCAAAUAAUAAAGAAAAGUAGCCAAUAAGUGUCCAACAUAGAUGGGAACUCCUUCAACACUGUUUAAAAAGCAGUGAUUCCUCAAGAAGUUGGUUGAGAAAAUGUCAAGAUUACAUUUCUGCAAAUUCUAGACAAAGUGUGAUUACUUUGAAGAUGCUAAAAUAUAACAGUUUUUAUUUAUUUUGGAUUUUGUUUAGUCACAACAUAAUUCCCAUAAUUCCAUUUAUGUUAUUUCAUAGUUUUGAUGACUUUACUAUUAUUCUAAAAUGUGAAGAACAUACUGUGUGCUGUUGUACUGUGAAAAAGUUUUAGGCACAAAAGAUAUUUCACAAAAACCUUUAUAUCUUCAGCUUUAGUGUCUCAAUAGGAAAUAUGAAGUUUAGACUCACAAACAUUAUUUUUGUCAUAGAAGAACAGGGAGCCCUGCAACAGAUGUAAUGACCCCCACAGGGUCCCCCACUGAACAUCAUGUCAGUCUGGGAUUACAUGAAGAGACAGAAGCAACUGAGGCAGCCGAAAUAGAAGAACUUGUAAAUUGUGAAUUCUCCAAGAAGCUUGGAACAUCCUGUCUGCCAACAACCAAGAAAAACUGUGUCCAACUGUGUCUUCAGCUAAAGGCAAAGGUGGCCACACCAAAUAUUGAAUAGAUUUUUUUGUUUACUGUAAAUUAUAUGACGUUAAUUGAUAAAUGAAAGCUGUUUAUGUCAUUCUUUUUGAAGACAUCAUCAUUGCAACAUUUUUCACAAAUGUCUAAAACCUUUGCACAGUAAGGUAUAUAUUUAACUACUGUAUUAACAUGAAGUUUUCUUAAGUUUAAUAAGUUACUUUGAAGACCAAAAAGAGACACUUGUUCCAGCCCACUUAUAAUGUGGCCUCAGCUUAAUUUGACUGUAAGGCAAUACUGCUGGUGUCAAUUUGAGGCAAAAAGAAAAUAUGUGCAUGAAAAGAAUGAAAAUUAAUUAAUGUCAUUAUAUCAAAUGACAAACAUGUUUCUAAAUAUAAUUUGCAUGGGUAGAUUAUUAAGAAUAUCAAACAGUCAACAAAAUAUAGUUGAGGUUUACUGUAGGUACUGUAUCUAAUAAAACAAUCACCAAAAAAUGACCUACCU